AUGCCUGUUGAAAAUGGUCUUCCUGGCUGCUACCAGCCUCCUCGUUGGUGUUUGGUGCGAUGGAUCUCGUUCAAACCAGUUGGAUGUCUGAAUGAAAGAGGAAGUGUCCGACCACGGCUGGUGUUGGCGUCACGUUCACGUCCUGCAGCUUCAGAGGACGAAGACGUCGACGAGGACAUGGACGUUUACCAGGAGGCUGUGGAGUAUCUGCUGGCCCGACAAGUGGACAUCGUGGUGGAGGCGGAGUCUGACAUCCUGGAGGAGGAGGUAUUCCAUGAGGAGGUGGAGUCUGGUCUCCUUUCUCCUCUGAAUAUUGAGGGUUUAGACCUUCCAGACACACCAACACCAUGCAGCCCGGAGGAGAUGCUGGACAGGAGGCUGGUGGUCCUGAAAGGCAUCCUGGAGGGUGAGGAGGUUUAUCUGAACGAACUGGAGGCUCUGCUAACGCCAAUGAAGGCUCUCCGGGCCUCAGCCGGGACCUCCCAGCCGGUUCUGUCCAGCCAGGAGGUCCAUACAGUCUUCUACCAGGUUCCUGAGCUCCGAGACCUGCACCAGAACUUCUACUUGGGUCUGAAGGACCGACUCAGCGCUCACCAACAGACAGAACCCAGUCAUCUGGAAGAACCGGGACGAAGGAGGGCGAGGAGGACGAGGAGGCCCAGGGACGCAGCAGAACCCAGACAUGAAGGGUUUGAGCUGGUGGUGGGAGAUCUGUUUCUGAAGAUGGUGAACCAGAUCGGUUUGUAUGGAGGCUUCAUUGAAAACUACGAGGACGCCGUUGAAGUCGUCCGGAAGUGCACGAACUCAGACCCUCGUUUUCGGACCCUGGCCCAGAGCAUGACGACUCACAACGGAGCAGACAAAACCCGGACCAAAUACACCUUCGAAGCUCUUCUGUACAAACCUUUGGACCGAGUCACCAAGACCACGCUGGUGCUGCAAGAUCUGCUGAAGACGACGCCUGAUGACCACACAGAUCAUGCCGCUUUACAUGAAGCUCUGAGGUUGAGUCGCAGCUUCCUGUCUGGAGUCAACGAGAGUUCACAGAGCAGACGGGAGGUGACGCUGAGCCACGGCCUGAGGCGUCAGCUGAUUCGUGAUGGCUUCGUGGUGGAUGGGAGCGAUGGCGAACGCAGCCUCCGUCACCUCUUCCUUUACACCGACCUGCUUCUGUGCACCAGAUGCAAACCUGCAACCAGAGGGAAGCAGGACCAGUACCGGUUCUGCUGGUACCUGCCUCUCGCCGGCCUCAAACUGCGCUGGUUCAUGGACGAGGAACGAUCAGCUGACACUCAGCUCCGCCUCCAAGCCAUCAGGACGAAGAUGCACCUGCUCCGACAGCAGCUCCAACAGCAGGCGAAGGGUUUAAAGGCUCGAAGCAGGAAGAAACUGGAGCAGAUGGAGACGAUGCUGCUCAUGACCUCGACGGUUUACAGACUGGAUCUGCACAGUCCCAGCGGAAAAAGCCACAGCCUGGUCUCGUCCUUUCUCUAUGAACUAGAAGAAUGGAGAGAAGCCAUCGACAAACUCACUAAAGACAAUGUAGAAACAGUGCCUCCAGAUCUGCUCACCCUCACCGGUGCAUGUGUGAAGCUGAGGAUGACGCAGCAGCUGCUGCUGCAUAGCGCCGAUGGUGGAGACGAUGGUGAGGCGUUGUGUGGGACUCUGACCGUGGCCGUUCACUCGGCCCGUGGACUGGAACAACCGGCCCGUGUGUACGUUUGCGUGGAAGUGGAUGGAUUUGACUUCUAUGAAAGACAAGCCCAGACCCACUCGUCCGUCCUCAGCUUCAGUCCACAGUGGGAGCAGGAGCUGUGUUUCCAGGUGGAUGGGGCUCAGAACCUCAGGCUGCUCUGCAUCAGUCAGUCGGACCGAGAUGAACGGGACCACACCGUCCUGGGAAAAACCAGUGUUAAGUUAGAUCCUAAAAGCCUCAGUAGGAGAUGGAGGCGACAGACUCUGAACCUCGGCCUCGUGGAGGUGAACGUGUCCCUGAAGUUCAUUCCACAUCCUCUGGACCCGCCGAGGUCCACGUCCCAGCAGCAGCUGGUCUUCAACGUCCCCAUCGAGACCGUGGCUCAACAGGAGGGGGGUCUGGUUCCUCAUGUGGUUCGAUGCUGCGUUGAGGAGGUGGAGACCAGAGGGAUGGAUGAGGUCGGCAUCUACAGGAUUUCAGGAACCGCCAGUGACAUCAGCACAUUGAAGAACGCAUUCAACAGCAAUCUUCGUGAAGCUGUCACUAGGCUGAGGAGCGCUGAGGUCAACGCAGUGUCCGGCGUCCUCAAACUGUACUUCAGAGAGCUACCGGAGCCGCUCAUACCCACCGGCCUGUUCCAGAGUCUGGCCAGGACCCUCGACAUCCAGGACAUGAACUCGAGACUCGUGUCCCUGUUGUCUCUGCUGCAGUCGUGUCCCGACGCCAACCGCCACACCUUCCUCUACCUCCUCCACCACCUCAAAAGAGUUUCUGAGAGGCAAGACGUCAACAAAAUGUCCCUGUUAAACCUGGCCACAGUGUUUGGACCAAGCCUCCUGCGCCCUCCGGUGGCUGGAGUGGGGAACGACGGCCCUGCUGUGGACAUCUCCCAGGAGGUGGUUGUACAGGUCCAGGUGGUUUUCUCAUACCUGCAAUGCAACAACCUCCCAGAGGCAAGGAUUUCUCUGCCACAUGACUCGGACACCGAAGAUGAGACCACCCACUUGUGAGACCACCAUAGGAGUCUAGACCUGAGGAAGACCCACAGAAGGACUGGAAGACCAUGAAGAUAUUUAUUAAUGCUGAACAUGGAUUUUUUUGUAUUUUUCUAUCAUUUCACACUAAUGGCUUUUACGUCUCUAUGGUUUAAUAAAGCUGUUUUACACUGUAACGUA